AUGAAGUAUCUUCGCCUAGCCUCCGUGGCCGCUCUUGUCAGCGCUGCUACUGUUUCCGCUGGCCCAUUAGGCGCCCGCGAACAUGACGGAUACUGCCCGAAGGGCUACACCAUGAGCGUCUACUACAAGACCAUCACCGUGGAAACCCACCCAUCUACGACCUCCGUAGAGUCUACAGUUACCCCGACAUCUACUCCGGUUACUGUCGAGUCUCAACCCUCCGCUGAGCCCACAGUGGCCUCCUCAUCGUCUACUGCCAUUGCCGUGGUGUCUACUACUCCCGUUGCGGUUGUUCAGGUCGAGACUUCGACCUCGUCAGCCCCUGCUGUCGAGACUUCUGCUGCCGAGCCCGCAGUUGUCAAGACCGAACCAGUUGUGGCUGUUCUGCCCACUGCAUCGGUUGAGACUGCCGCUGUCAUCCAAACCAUUCCUGCCCCAGUCGUGAAGACCGCCGCCGCGCAGACCUCCACCACUGAAGCUCCCGUCGAAGCUGCCACCACUUCCACCACUCAAGCUCCCGUCGAAGCCGCCAGCACUUCCACCAAAUCUUCUACUACCUCCUCUGCCACCAAGUCUGCAUCUAUCAAAACAGCAUCUACCGGUUCCACAAACGGAACCCCCGGCAAAGCCACCUUCUAUGGCGGCAAUGUCGCCGGCGGAACAUGCUCGUUCUCCGGCUACACACUCCCAAGCCACCUCUUCGGCACGGCCCUCUCCCUCCAGCGCUGGGACGACGCAGCAAACUGCGGCGCCUGUGUAUCCGUCACCGGACCAAAGGGUAACUCCAUCAAAGCGAUGGUCGUCGACCAAUGCCCCGAAUGCGAAAGCAACCACCUCGACCUCUUCCAAGAUGCCUUCGCCGAGCUCUCAGACAUCUCCGCCGGCAUUAUCCAGACCACCUGGUCGUAUGUGUCGUGUGACCUGGACGGACCCCUGAAGCUCAAGAACAAGGAGGGUACAUCUGCCUACUGGUUCUCGAUGCAGGUUGUUAACGCCAACGAGGCUGUGACUGCCUUGGAGGUUAGCACUGAUGGCGGUAGUUCGUGGAAGAGCACUACCCGCACUUACUACAACUUCUUUGAGAACACUGCUGGGUUCGGGACUAGCACUGUUGAUGUGCGGAUUACCGGUGCUAGUGGGAAGACUGUUGUUGUUAAGGAUGUUGGGGUUAGCUCUGGCGCCGAGGUUACUGCUGGGUCGAACUUGUAA